GGAAGCUGAAGGCUGCUGCCCGGUGGUCGGCUGAACGGCUCUAGCCCAGCUCUGAGACGGCUGAGUCACUGCCGCCCGGCCGGGACCGGAAAAGACUAGCGCCGCCGCCGCCGCGGCCGCUCUCGAACUCCCGGGCUCCCGGGCUCUCGGGGUCCCGGGCCUUUGCACCUGUCUUUUCCAGCGGGGCACAAAGCCUUUUGCUGUCGCCGUGGCGACUGGCGACCUAGCGAAGACCUCCUUUACUUUUAAUCCCCCUCAUUUUCCAGUCCAUUCUCUGCUUAUUUUCUGGUCAGUCCGUGACCCUCUAGGCGGGCUCGGACCGGCGAUCGAUUUGCCGCCCUCAGGGCGCUGGGCGGCCGGCUGCCUCCGAGGCUGGGGCGGACUCCGCGGUCUCCAUGGUAACGGCCUUGCCGGCGUCUGCGCCUAGGUGGGAAGAUGCGGCCUGCCCUGCCCGCCGCCUCGCCCCCGGCCUUACGGUGGGACCCCUGGCACUGAGGACGAAGGUCCCAGGCGCCGGCCCGCGGGGCAACGGGCACUAGGUGAGAGCCGGACGCCAGGGAGCGAAGGAGGCGGGUGCCGGGCGACUCCAGCGGCCACCCCUGCCCCUCCCCCGCACCCACGAACACGCUCGCCCGAAAUAUUGCAGAGGCUUCUCCGGUCGCCACUGCGCCAGUUUUUGUGUGUUUGUUUGUUGUGUUUUCCCUGGCAAACAGCUGGAGAAAGAGCAGCUCAUGGAGAGGCUGAGAGAAGCGGUUUUCGAGUCCUACCCAAAUUGGGAGAGUAACCUUCAGCAGCUGGACUCACCUACUGGUUUUCCUUCAUUUUCAGUGAAAUCCCAUUCUCUGACUGGAGACACAGAUGGCCUCAAAUGAGAGAGAUGCUAUAUCGUGGUACCAAAAGAAGAUUGGAGCCUACGAUCAGCAGAUAUGGGAAAAGUCAAUCGAACAGACUCAGAUUAAGAAGACGGGAUUGAAGCUUGCUCUCUGGAGAGGCUGAGCCAGAGAAGUUCUGGAUUCUGGAAGACCAAAAACAAAUCAGAGUCUGGGUUUGAAAAACAAACCAAAAAAGAUGGGCCACAUAAAGCCAGACUUGAUUGACGUUGACUUGAUCAGAGGGUCAACAUUUGCCAAAGCAAAACCUGAAAUUCCAUGGACAUCUCUGACUCGGAAGGGGCUUGUUCGAGUUGUAUUUUUUCCAUUGUUCAGCAAUUGGUGGAUUCAGGUUACCUCUUUAAGAAUCUUUGUUUGGCUGUUACUACUUUAUUUCAUGCAAGUUAUAGCAAUUGUCUUAUAUUUGAUGAUGCCUAUUGUGAACAUAAGUGAAGUACUUGGACCCUUGUGCCUUAUGCUACUCAUGGGAACUGUCCACUGUCAAAUUGUGUCUACUCAGUUAACAAGACCAUCAGGAAACAAUGGAAAUCGAAGAAGAAGAAAAUUGCGAAAAACUGUAAAUGGUGAUGGGAGCCGAGAAAAUGGAAAUAACACCUCUGAUAAAGUCAGAGGAAUAGAAACUUUGGAAUCUGUACCCAUUAUUGGUGGUUUUUGGGAGACUGUCUUUGGCAACAGGAUUAAAAGAGUAAAAUUAAUAUCUAACAAAGGGACUGAAACUGACAAUGACCCAAGUUGUGUCCGUCCUAUCAUUAAGAAGAGACAAUGUCGACCAGAGAUUAGAAUGUGGCAAACAAGAGAGAAAGCAAAAUUUUCAGAUGGAGAAAAGUGCCAUAGGGAGGCUUUUAGGCGUUUGGGUAAUGGGGUGUCUGAUGACCUGUCAAGUGAGGAAGAUGGUGAAGCACGGACACAGAUGAUAUUACUGCGUAGGAGUGUGGAAGGGGCCUCAAGUGACAAUGGUUGUGAAGUUAAGAAUAGAAAAUCAAUACUUUCAAGGCACCUAAACUCUCAGGUAAAGAAAACCACUACAAGGUGGUGUCAUAUUGUGCGGGAUUCAGAUAGUCUGGCUGAAUCAGAAUUUGAAUCAGCAGCCUUUAGCCAGGGCUCUAGAUCUGGUGUGAGUGGUGGCUCUCGAAGCCUCAACAUGUCAAGAAGAGACUCAGAAAGCACCCGCCAUGACUCGGAGACUGAGGAUAUGUUAUGGGACGACCUGCUGCAUGGCCCAGAGUGCCGGUCAUCUGUCACCAGUGACAGUGAGGGGGUUCAUGUGAAUACCCUUCACUCAGGGACCAAACGUGACCCCAAAGAGGAUGUAUUUCAGCAGAAUCAUUUAUUCUGGCUUCAGAAUUCAAGUCCUUCCUCUGAUCGAGUUAGUGCAAUAAUCUGGGAGGGGAAUGAGUGCAAAAAGAUGGAUAUGUCUGUGUUGGAAAUAAGUGGCAUCAUCAUGAGCAGGGUCAAUGCCUAUCAGCAAGGAGUAGGUUAUCAGAUGCUGGGAAAUGUUGUCACUAUUGGAUUAGCAUUUUUUCCAUUCUUACAUCGACUUUUCCGUGAGAAGAGCCUUGACCAGUUAAAGUCCAUUUCAGCUGAGGAGAUCUUGACUCUCUUUUGUGGGGCACCACCUGUUACACCUAUUAUUGUUUUGUCCAUAAUUAAUUUUUUUGAAAGAUUAUGUCUUACUUGGAUGUUUUUUUUCAUGAUGUGUGUGGCAGAGAGAACAUAUAAACAGAGAUUUUUAUUUGCAAAACUCUUCAGCCAUAUUACUUCUGCCAGGAAAGCUAGGAAAUAUGAAAUACCUCAUUUCAGACUUAAGAAGGUGGAGAAUAUUAAAAUAUGGUUAUCACUGCGUUCCUAUCUAAAGAGACGGGGGCCACAGCGUUCAGUUGAUGUGGUUGUAUCCUCAGUCUUCCUACUGACGCUUUCGAUUGCUUUCAUUUGUUGUGCUCAGGUUCUCCAAGGACACAAAACAUUCCUGAAUGAUGCUUAUAACUGGGAGUUUUUGAUCUGGGAAACAGCUUUACUACUUUUCUUAUUGCGUCUGGCCUCAUUGGGGUCUGAAACCAAUAAGAAAUACAGCAAUGUUUCGAUAUUACUUACAGAACAGAUUAAUUUGUAUCUUAAGAUGGAAAAAAAGCCAAAUAAGAAAGAACAGCUUACUCUAGUAAACAAUGUAUUAAAGCUGUCCACCAAGUUGUUGAAAGAGCUAGACACACCAUUUAGACUCUAUGGACUGACAAUGAAUCCCUUAAUCUACAAUAUCACAAGAGUAGUUAUCCUUUCUGCUGUCUCAGGUGUUAUAAGUGAUCUUCUAGGAUUUAAUAUAAGACUGUGGAAAAUUAAAUCAUAAGCUGAGUUAAAUGCCUGGACUCUCCCCUGACUGGUAUCAAAACUUACCUAUCAAGGAAAGAGAUGACUGCAGAAACCAGUGAGAUACCCACCUGCUUGUUCACAUGCACAGGUGCUCUCAGCUCUGCCAAAGCGAAUGAAUGGUGUUUCCAGAGGAACAAGUCCUUUUCCAAGUGGGCGUGCAUGCUAAAAACCUGUAUUUUCAUGCUUUUCAAGCAACAUGAAUAGUCAGCCGACUAAAGACACUGUGUUUUGGUAACACAAGGAUAAUUUUGUAAGUUAGUAAAUUUAUUAUGUGCACUUCUGUACUGUGACAAUUACGUUUACUGGCCAUAGUCUUUUGGGCAACUAUGGUAGAUGCCCAAAGCAUGAAGCAAAUAUCUUUUAUUGGAAAUAUGCAAAUUCAAUAUUUUUACAUUGUAGUCUAUAGAAUUGGAGAUUUCAUUUCUCUGUCAAAGAGAGAUCAAACUAUUUUAGGUUAAAUCCAAAUAAAAGAACUUUACUGGAGACUUUCAGUUUCUAGGUUUUCUUUGUUGUUGAAGGAAGAAAAAUAAACUGUGAGUUUUUGUU